CAUUCUUGAAGUAUGUAAACUGAAGCAGGACUGGGCAAUCAUCUCUGAUAAAUCAAACAUACAAGACUUGGAAGAAAUACAGAAAAACAACUUAAAACAAACUAAAGGUGUAAACUUAAGCACAGACCAGCAGCAGAAAGUCAGUAUUGCCAGAGCCCUGUAUUCCAAUGCUGAUCUGUACUUGUUUGAUGAUCCUUUGCGUGAUGUCCAUCCCAAUGAUGGGAAACACAUUUUCAAAAGAGUUUUGUCCAGUAAUGGAAUCUUAAAAGAAAAGACGCGCAUCUUUGUAACCAGUGAGGUACAUUGGUUGCCUCUGGUAGAUUUGAUCAUCUACAUACAAGAGGGAAAUCUUGUAGAAAUGAGUUCUUACAAAGAGCUUAUGAAGAAAAAUGAAAAAUUUGCCAAGUUUAUAUUAUCCAAGUUGACAAAGGAACAAGAACUGAAUUCUGAAAUUGAAGAAGAUGCAGAAGUCAAGGAAAUAAAGAAGAAAAUGAGAGAACACAGAGACUUGGUGAUAAGCCAGUCAAACUGCAGCUGCCUGGAGAAUGAUGCGCAUGCAGUCAAACACAAUGGAACUGAUGACUUGUUGGAGUGGAUCAUCACCAUCUUUUCUAAAAGAUUCUAAAAAGAGACUGAACAAGCUUUUUUCUACAGCAUCAGAAACUGGAGACACAAAUAGAAAUAGAAAAUAUGAUGAAACAAAUGCAGGAAAUCCAAGUUUUCAAGUAUUUCAAAACUCUUUUAGGAGAGUAUGGUCUUUCAGCGUAACGAUCAUUCUUGUACUUUUUACUCUAUUCCAGAUGUUUAGUCUUUUGGCUGAUGUAAAAUUAGCUCAAUGGGCAGGUGAUCCUGAGAUUCAGACAGGUAAUUUAACAGCACCCAAAAAUCAACUUAAACUCAAGAGGUAUUUUACAGAGUAUGCAGUUCUUGGUGUUGCCGAGGUACUGUUUGUUUUGGCAUAUGCCAGCAUGGAGGCUCUCAGAAUUAUAUCAGCUACAUAUUCAAUACAUGCUUCAGUGCUAAAUAAAAACAUGGAAACUUCUGGCACAGCAAAGGAACAAUAUAAAAAUCUGCUAACACAAAGAUUGGAGAAACCAGGAGACAAGUUUCCUCAAAUAAUGUUAAUGUGGAUUCUGUGUGUGUUCUCUGUGUUGGUGAAGCUGACUGUUAUCUGCAUCUUUGUCCCAAAGUUUAUUGUUGCCAUAGUGCCACUGCUGUUUGCAUAUCUGGCUAUUCAAAGAUUUGUUGUGCCAGCUUCUCAAGAACUCAACAGACUGGAGUCAGCCUCAAAACUUUCAAUUUUCUCUCAUUUUUCUGAGACACUGAAUGGAUGUCAUGUGAUCUGGGCAUUAAAUGCUAAAAAUAGAUUUUACGAGACGUGUACCAAGCUCAUUGACCAAAAUAAUUCAUUUUACUAUGCACGCAUGUCAGCUAAUAGAUGGUUGGGAGUUUGGACUGAAGCAGUCAGUAGCCUUGUGGUGUGUUUUACAGCUAGUUUGUCUCUGUCAACUCACAGAAUGGAUGCAGCUCACUUGGUUUAUUUGUUGUCUACUCCAUACAGAUCAAACAUUAUCUGAGCUGGGUGAGCAGAUCUUUAAGUCAAGUGGAGGCAAAUGCUACUAAAAAUAAGUUUAUUAGAUCUUUGGA